UCAUAUUCGCUAGUCAGCCAUUCACCUACCUACCCUUGGAGACUCGCGGGGCCUGGGCCUGAACACAUCUGAUUUCAAGCUACCACUACCCGUUUGGUGGUUUACAAACUUCCCCCCCUCUUCCGAGAUGGCGUCACCUGUCAGUCGCAGUGAAAUUCUUGACCGGCUUCGCCGUCAAAUUCGAGACGGGAAGCCUAUCAUCGGAGCCGGAGCCGGAAUCGGACUGUCGGCCAAAGCGGCGGAGGCGGGCGGCAUCGACCUGAUCAUCGUGUACAACAGCGGGCGGUUCCGGAUGGCGGGGUGCGGGAGCCUGGCGGGGCUGAUGCCGUACAGCAACGCCAACGCGACGGUGGAGGAGAUGGCGGCGGAGGUGCUGGGGGCGGUGCGGCGGACGACGCCGGUGAUCGCGGGGGUGUGCGGCACCGACCCGUUCACGGACGGGCCGCGGUUCCUGGCGCGGCUGACGGCGCUCGGCUACGCGGGGAUCCAGAACUUCCCGACCGUGGGGCUGAUCGAUGGGCAGUUCCGCGCCCACCUCGAGGAGACGGGCAUGGGGUACGGCCGGGAGGUGGCGCUCGUGCGGCACGCCGCGGCGCGCGGCCUCCUGACCACCCCCUACGUCUUCACCCCGGCCGACGCCGCCGUGCGCCGCCGCCCGGACAUCCUCGUCCUGUGCCAUGGCGGCCCCGUCGCCACGCCCGCCGACGCCCGCUUCGUCCUGGAGCGCGUGCGCGGCUUGCAUGGCUUCUACGGCGCCAGUGCCAUGGAGCGCCUCCCCGUCGAACGCGCCAUCCAGGAGACCACCGCCCAGUUCAAAAGUCUCGCCCUGCCAUCCUAAAAAGAAAACAUCGCCCCGUCAGGCAGCAAUCUACCUUCCCCUGCAAUGGCUGGAACUCUUGUGGGCUGAGUCAUUCAAUGACCCGGGUUCCUCUCCAAUCUGCGAACGAAGCUUCGGGUCGAUCAGAGACUGAUCACAUAUUUAAAAAAUCUC